GUACGGCAGCGUUCGUACGCUACGACGAUCCGUUCCGAGUCCCGAAGACGCUGGCGCUGGAUCGGUUUUAUAUUAUUUUAUUUUCGUAAUUUUAUUAUAUCGGCAGUGGUCAGCUGGAGCCAUAUGUAGAAUGUUCCUCGUGCAAGCGUGCAAGCGUUAACGAAACGAAACGAAACAGCCAAGAGUAGUUAGUAGUGGGUAGCAGACGCGAACCAGGAGCGGUUACCAUUAAGAGCGCGGUGUGUUGUGUUUUGUUGUGUGCUGCUCUCGUAUCGGUCGGUUACACGUCUCGAGCGACGACGAAGGCGAAAAUCGACUGCCGCGAGGUGUGUUGGAGUCAGUUUUUUGGAGAGAACCAUCCGGGUGACAGCCGAAUUUUGAAGGACGCACUUUGUCCCCAGGAGUCCGAAAGUUGGUGCAACCGGUGACGGGAACGUGUGCAAUUUGCGGGAAAAAAGAGUUUUUGGCAAAAAUUGUGCGGCGAGAAGGAGAGCCUACGGCAGGAUUGACGGCCGAAAGCAACAAGUGGUUUGAGAUUUCAUGUUUUUCGGUCUUAUUUUGACGAAACCAAAAAGUCACCGACGCGUGCUAGUGAGAACACCUUGGGACCGCCGGGAGAUUCUUGGUUUGCCUGAAUAACCUUCCAAAACGUUUAGUUCACCAUCAAAGGAAAAAAACAAACGGAAACAAGUGAAUCUCCAUUCAAUAAUCGGUCAAUAUUAAAAAAGUGAGCAUCAAAACGAAGAAUACAAUCUGGUUUUGUGCAAAGUGAAUCUAACUAAACCAUCUUCAAUCAAUCAAACAUUUCCCGGCGUGAAAAACUACGUUGGUGCCUGCAAGAAUUUGAUUAAAUAAAGUCUGUUCCAAGACAGAAAACCAGAAACAGAAAGUGAGGAGCAGCGAGAUCUUUCAUCUGCGACCAAAAUCGAAAGAUAAAAAUAAUCUCGAAAAGGGGAUCAAAACAUUAGAAAAAUUCCCACCCAAAACAAGAAAAACAAAAAGGAGCAAAAGAGCAAAUCUCGGCCGAGAAUUAAAUCGGUCGACGCGUGUUUUUUUAAUGUUUUUUGAUGCGGUGCCGCUACUGCUGAUGAUAUUUCCCAGCGUUUCAAACGCAACAUAAAAAAAAGGGUUGGCGAAGGUGUGUUUGGAGAGAACAACGAGAGUAUUAAGGAACGAGGAACGAGCGUGAGUGACCUGCUGCUGCUGCUGCUGCUGCUGAUGCUGAGUGACCUCCGGAUAAGCUGUUGCUGCUGCUGCUGUCAACCAGAAGUCGUGUACCGUUCGCUGCGGAUUCAUCCAGCUGUCAAACAACAGGGAGAGUGAGUUCCCACGGCCGCACCGCAUUCUUCAGUUUGCUCGGAAUCGCGGAUUUUUGCGGGUGCGAAUUUUUCCUUCGAGGGAAAACGGUGUGUGUGUGUGUGUGGAAAACACGAAGAAACUCGAUACGGCCCUUUCCCGGAAAACUAAACGCCGGUAUCUGCGUUCCGCAGAACCGGAAGUGUGCGUGGUGCAAGUGAACGACAAACGUUUGAAAGAAAAGCAAAAAAUUCUAGCUGUGAAAUAGUGCAUAUCCCCCUCCCGGGAGUAGUGUUUCAAAAGUGCGCAAUCAAAAUAGUGACAGAGAACCUGCCGCAAGCCGUGAAUCUUCCUUUGAUCCCAGUGCCCAAAAAAGCCGUAACAAUUUGGGAAAUAAUGGAUCCGAAUGCGGCGCGUGAUUCGCGCUACAAUCUGAACUAUAGCAUGAGCAUGAUGAGCGAAACGCCGGAGAUCUACGGUAAUCCGAACGUUUCGCUGGCCCGUCCCCCGAGCGGUGGCCUCGUCGGACAGGUAAUGUCCCGCGGCGGGGGUGGGCUCAUGAACGCCGCGAAUGGUUUACAGUGCGGUGCCGGUGGUGGCGGCGGCGGCGGAGGAGGCGGUGGUGGGGGCUUAUCGCGUGGUAUCAAACGGACCAACUCGGAUUGUUACGACGAUGGCCGGCAGAUGGUUGGCGGCUCCCAGGGUCUGACCGGCCUCGAGGGUUGCAACGUUGGUUCCGAUGUGGUGGAUGAUAGCUACACAUCGCUGCAGCCGAAAAAGUCACCACCGAGCAACGGGAAGAAAACAAAGGGCCGUGUCAAGAUUAAGAUGGAAUACAUCGAUAACAAACUGCGACGGUACACGACCUUCUCGAAGCGCAAAACCGGAAUCAUGAAGAAGGCCUAUGAACUGUCUACCCUUACCGGCACGCAGGUCAUGCUGCUGGUGGCUUCCGAGACUGGUCACGUGUACACGUUCGCGACGCGCAAGCUCCAGCCGAUGAUCACGUCAGAGGCGGGCAAAGCGCUCAUCCAGACCUGCUUGAACUCGCCCGAUCCCCCCUCGGGAUCGAGCGGUGAUCAGCGGAUGUCUGCCACCGGGUUCGAGGAAACCGAACUCAGCUACAACAUCGGCGACGAAGAUUCGAAAGAUGAGCGCUCACCGAUGUCUUCCGGUAGCGAUACCGACGACUACUCGCCUCCAGAUUCGCCUGGACCCAGCUGUAGUAAUAACAAUAUAACUAAUGAUCAGAUCAAUAAUAGUAAUAAUCACAGUGUUAGUAUAGCGCCGCUAACGUCGUCCUCCAACAAUACGUCGGCUUCGGCAGCGUCGGCGGCAAGUGGAAGCGGUGGCGCACUUUCCGCCAUUCAGCAGCAGAUCAAGCAACAGCAGCAAGCUCUACAGCACCAGAUUCAACAGCAACAACAGCAACAACUAUCGUCAUCACAGCAACAACAACAACAACAACAACAACAGCAGCAAAAUCAAGUGUCAAGCAAUGUUAUCUAUCCGGCCGCAGCCUUAGCCAAUCUACCUCAGGAUGUGCUGGUUAGCCUGCUGCAGUCCGGCCAGAUCCAGCUGCACAAUGAAGAUGGCGCCCAACAGUACAUAACCAUCCCUCUUUCCCUCAUGUCGAUUCUGAAGCAAGACCAAAAGCAUGCCAACGUGACCAACGCAUCAAGUGCCAAGCCAAACUCCACCAACUCCAGAUCAUCUUCAGCAGCAGCAGCAACAAUAGCAUCAUCAUCGUCAUCUUCAUCAUCAUCAUCCACUGCUGCUGGGCGACAUUAUGGUGGGUCGCCCGGAGGGUCUUCCAAAGAAAUCACCAUCAAGACGGAAGUCAAUGAUUAGAGACUCUCUCUGCCUUUUCCAAAAGGGUAUCAUAUUAUCUUACUUAUUUUUUUAUGUUUCUCGUUUCGACGUUCAAAGACUUGUGUAUUUAUUAUCAUAGAAGAAAUUAGUUCGCUUUUUUCGAUGCCAAAACAAAAAAUUAUUCAUCAUGCGAAAGCAUCCAUCAAUCAACCCAUUUUGCCAAAAGAAAUUUCAGAGCCGGGAAUAGCUUCAUAAUAAUAACAAUAAUAUAAUACAGAUAAUGCUCUUAGAGGCGAAUGAACUGCAAAGUUUAAAAACAAAGAAGAAGAAGAUUCAGAUAAUGCUCGUAUCAACAGCACCACAUUAUUAGAGCACCCAAUUCGUUCAUAUUGUAUUAACAUUAACUCAGUGCAGUGCAUUGGUUGCCAUCAUUAAAUUCGGAUCAACCUCAUGUGUUUUUGUGUGCAGAAACAUGUUCAGAGUUUGCACACCGAGCUCGCUGCAUUACCUUAUCACCGAGUUUGGAACUUUGAAACUUGACAUAGUUUAAGCUUGAUUAACAUUUAUUUUUUGAAGGAUUGCAAAAGCCGAAUAAUGUCAUUAUUAAAAAUUAAAGGAUGUUAAAGUCUUUAUUUUUAGCAAAAUCUUCAAUCUACGUACGCAUUAUAUACAUUUAGGUUAAGCGCCCAGAAAAAUGGAACCAUCACUUGCCUUUCGUUUAUUUUUUUUUCACUUUCUAAAUAGUUCUAUUUCCUAGUUCUAAUUUACA